AUGCCAGUCUUUUUCCUCCGCCUCCCAGGCGAGAUCCGCAACGAGAUCUACAAGCACCUCCUCGUCCGCAAAGUCCCCAUUGACCCCUGGAACGCCGCAGCCUACGAACUAGGACCCCAGAUCCUAGCAACGAACUCCAAGAUCUACCGCGAAGCAAUCCAAUACCUCUACAGUGACAACUGCUUCGAUCUCACGCGCUACAAGUCUGAUUUAUGGGACUAUCCUCUCGUACCGGGUUUCUUGAACAGUCUCACCCCGAGAAACCAAUCUCUUAUCCAGAAUCUCCAGAUCAAUUUUCCCGACGUGAGCGCACCUUCCACGACCAACGCCGACGGAGUAGUAGAGGCUGGUGAAGUCAGUUUGGAAAAGGAGAGUCUGGAGAGCAUGCAGAUGAUUCAGAAAUGCUGUACUGAUCUCCGAAGUAUCACGGUACCGGUUGAAAGCUCUUGGUUCUGGGAGAGGUGGGCUACGGAUUCAGAUCAGCAUCGUGAGAGUGUUGCGCUGCUUGAUUCCCAUUUCCGGGCUAUUACUUCGCUGAAGCGGAUUGUUGUUCAGGUUCAUGUUGGGGAGAAGGUUGAUGCUCAGUAUCACUGGAGUGAUGAUCCGUAUUGGCCAUCUAUGGAGAGGAGGGUUAAGUUGAUGAGGAAGCAGAUGCAGGGACUUGGAUGGGUUUUGGAGGAGGUGGUGGAUGCUGAGGAUGAGGAUUGGUAUGCGAGUGAGGAUGUUGAAGAUAGUGAGGAUGACGAAUAUGAUUCUGAUGAGGAGGAUCUGGAGUAUAGCGAAGGUGAGGAUUGUUUGGAGAGCGAGAGUGGUCUUGCGGAUCUUCUUGAGGAAGCGAAGGAGAUUAUUGGGGAGACGAGAUUGGACGUUAGGCGUGUGACCAGCUGA